AUGGCGCCAUUCCAGAAAUAUCAGACGCCAACAGCCUCGAAAGCACUAGGCCGCGCACCCAGCAACAAGGCCUUCCAGCAGUUAGUCAUUAACGCCGUGCUUGUGAACUUGAUCGACCCCGUGCGCGGAAAACCCACCAAAGACUCUUUGGAAGGAUCCCUCGAUGAAGGCAUCAUACCUCUUUAUCAGCUCAAACAGAAGUUCUUAGACUCAUUCGCGCUAAUUUGCGCGACUUCGGGUUCUGGCAAAGAAACAGCCUCCGCCGUCUGCUUGGAGCAGACUCAGGGUUCGAGCUCAAUCUUGCGGGUGGCGCGCAAUCGUGGCCUGCCGGACAAUGAUCUUAAGAGACUCAAAGAAGUGCUGCACUUCCUCGUCGCUGUUGCAGAAAAGAGAAAGACUUCGACGCAAGCCGAAGGCGAGCUUCUCAAAAUUAUAGUCAAAUUAGAUGAACACCGUAUUUUGUCGCUUGUGCAGAAGAUUUCAAAGCUUGCAAAGCCUGGACUGCGACAAUGUCUUCGGCUGGCUGUGUCCAACACUUCCAAUGGCGCCCAUAAGCAAGGUAUACUGGACGACGCGGACUUUCGACAAUGGCUUCAGACCUGUCCCUUCGGUGACACUGCUCUGAAUCUCUCUGGAUCGUCUCAAUUGGCCACUGUCGUGCAGUGGGCUUCAGAGGCGCGAUGGAAAUAUUCUCAGCAAUUGCAAGCAUUGCUCGACUGCAACGCAACAUCGUCUCCUCCAUGGGUAGAGACUCUGCACAAAGUGGCUCGUUACACCGCAGCAAUCAAGUCAAUGAUCAAAUUUGCAGUCAAACAGCCUGCCGUGUUCGCCGAUAUUCAUAUCAUGGCUCUUGAAGCUCCUCCUCCGGAGAUAUUUCCACCUCCUCACGGCGGGACACUCUUACGAGAUGCGCUCACACGUCUGCUGCGAGGAGAACCCCACGACACCAUGGAGAAGUUAGCUCGGGUACUGGUCACAGUCGACGUCGAGGCCGCAAUGCGCAAGGCUUGUACCUUGACGCUGACACUUCACGCCGAAAUGCAGCUUCUCGGAUUCUACGACCAAAAUGAACAUCUCAUUCCCAACCUUCGUUUGAUGGGCACCAGCAAGAAAGCAUGCUUUCUCUGUCAUGAGUUUCUGAUCAAGCACCCCCUCCAGCUUCGGGUGGGGGCUUGUCACCAGAAGGUUUAUCCUACCUGGAGGCCACCAUUCUCUGGAGACUUCCAUAGAGGACCUAGAUCACAAAUGUGGUGGGCUUUCAGCAGAAAGAUUGAGUCUGAAGCUGUUAAGGCCCUGAAAACGGAGCUCGGAGGUUCUAGAAGGCCCAUAAAUAGGGAUUCGACUGCGGGUCCGACACUGACUGCAACGGCAACAGCCCUUACUCCAGCAUUGGCACUUGGCCGGUAGUACCUGUCAACAGAAGAUAUGAGGCGUAGUAUGGGAAUGAGUUCUCUGUGCAGAAUCGAGCAAAAGCGAGCAAGUGAGCAUGGCGCAUCCACAGACGAAGGGAC